GUCUUCCUGAAAAAAAGUGAAGUUUCAGAGGUCCAGAACAAGGACGUUGCUACUGCUGCUGUUGCUGCUGCUGCUGCUUGGUUAACACACACACACACACACACACACACACACACACACACACACACACACACACACACACACAUGUCCUCUCAUCUGAGCUGCUUUGAGCCACACCGUUUCAUCUGGUGCUAUCAGGGCUGAUGAGAGCCUCUCGUCUUUCUGGGUCUGCAGCAGCUUCUGUGUGCGCUACACACAGCUCCUGAAAUGCUGUGAAGGCAUGUCUGUUCCAUGUUGGAGUUUCAUUGUGAGCUGGAAAAGGAUCCAGUGAAGAUUAACCUCUCAUGAUUGUGUAAUGGUUUUAUCAUCAUGAUAUCCACAUGGGUGUCAGUGAUUGUCAUGCUGGUGGCUUUUGUGGAUGGAGUGAGAAAUGAGGAUGGCAUACAGCCGUGUGCACAGAUCCAGACGUCCAGCUCCUUGGUGCCUAUGGGGUCACCUGUCUCAGCCACUUGUAUCAUCAGAAAAGACUGCCCUCUGGUUAUCGGACGAGCUGUUCAAAUAGAGUGGCGUCUCGGUGAUCGUAUUCUUCCCAGCAGCCCUGGGGCUAAUGAGAGCAGCAGGGUGUCCCAGGUUGUUAUACCGAGCUUCAGUCACACCAGGGCAUUCCUCACCUGCUGCGUCCAGGCCUCUACUGUUCAAGUGGUGGCAGGAGUGGAGAUCAGAGCUGGAUAUCCACCAGCAGCACCACAGAAUGUCAGCUGUCAGACAAACCUCACCACCCCCAUCACCCUAACCUGUAGAUGGGACCCAGGGGAGCAGGAGACCCACCUUCUCACUAAAUACACCCUCCACACAGAGAUAUGGGAUACAAACGAGAACCACUCUUACGAUUUACUACCAGGAGUCCACGACUUUAUCAUCCCUCGUUCUGGCUUUGUCCUGUACUCAGACAUGGAAGUUUAUGUGAAGGCCGUCAAUGAACUUGGAGAGGCAACCUCAGUGCCUAUCAUUUUAGAACCUGUCAGUGAAGCUAAAUUUGACCCACCAAACAUUCUGAAUAUUGAAGUGCCGCCAAAAAAAUUGGGCUGCUUAAAGCUGAGAUGGAGUUUAUCUAAGAACGAGGCCUGGAUUAUGGACUGCUGCCUGAACCUUGAAGUCAGACUUAGGACUGCUGACAGCAUCCAAUGGAGCCAACGACCAAUCCCAAUGAACAAGGUCAGAACAACUAGACCUUCGGAUCUGUGUCGCCUCCUCCAUGGGACUUGGUAUGUUGCACAGAUUCGAGUUAGAUACAAGCAAAGCCCCUGGAGUGAAUGGAGCAGCAGCCAGUCUGGAGUCACGUUGGAGAGCGCUCCCACCGGACGCCUGGAUUCAUGGAUGAAGGUAUCGAGGGAUGAAAUGAACGACAAACUCAGCAUACAACUGUUUUGGAAGCCAUCAAAACAAUUCCGUGCCAACAGCCAGAAUGUGUCGUACACCGUCAUUGCACAAAAACUGCAGAGUGAAAGAGUAAAGUUGUGCUCAACAACAGGAAAUUACUGUACUUUCCAUAUUUCCAGUAGAGCAAAGAAAGUGUAUCUAAGUGCUGUUAAUAGAGCUGGGAAAUCUCCACCUACUGAAGUGCGGAUAUAUCCACCUAAAGCUGUUACAGGGAUAUCAGACGUCUCAGUUGUUCCUCAAGAUGACACAUCCCUCCUGGUCAAGUGGAGUAGCCAGGUUUCUUCCAGCCGCACUGGUUUUGUGGUGGAAUGGAAACCUUUAUUAAACCCAGACCUCUCACUCACCCAGUUUGAAAAAGCUGACAAAAACCAAACAAGUCUUGUUAUAACAGGCAGCUUUGAGCCCUACAAGCCCUAUGGGAUCUCUGUGUAUCCCAGAUUUAAGGAUGGGAUAGGCCUUCCUCAGACUGUUAAUGCCUACUCGAGACAAAAGGCUCCAUCCAUGGUUCCAAAAAUAACAAUUAAAAAGACCUGGCAGUCAAAUAUUGAGCUUAUCUGGGAUGAAAUACCAUUAGACCAAAUGAAUGGAAUUAUCAAGAACUACAAAGUCUUCUACUGGAAUGAGAAGGGAGUCAUUAAUGUUGCUGAUGCUAACCCAAAGGAGAGAAAGGUGGUCCUGACAAACCUUGACGAUGUAACUUUGUAUGACGCUUUUAUGAUGGUUAGCACAUUCGGGGGAAGCCGGAAUGGGUCAACAAUUAAUUUUGAAACUGAGCCCUUUGAUGUGGUUUCUGUUCUGGUGAUUGCAAUCGCAUCCCUUGUUGGACUGUGCUUCUUUAUUAUCUUCAUAGUUAUGGGUUGUUCCUCUAAGCACAAAAGGCUGAAGGGGCAUUUCUGGCCUGUUGUUCCAGAUCCAGCUAACAGCAGUAUCAAGCGAUGGACAUCAGAAUCAACGCAGGAUAGCUUUCUGGCCUCUGACAAUGAAGAGCCCACUCCAGUAUACCUGUCCCACCUCAGCUUCCUUGACAUCCCAGCUAAACUAAGAAAAGAGAACCAUGAUGAUGUGUGGUUGAACAGCCCAGAGGACACUAGUGACCUAGGAGAGUCCAUUUGUGGUUCACCAUUGAUCCCUGGAUACUCUGGUUCAAACAGCGACUCUGUGCCUUAUGCUACAGUGAUCUUCUCUGAUCCAUGCAGCAGCCCCACACCUUCAGGGCCUCCUGUUUAUCUGCGUUCUGAGUCCACACAGCCCCUCCUGGAGACUGAAGAAUCCUUCAGUCCAAAGUGCUAUCAGAAUAUGGCAACUGAUGAGAGGCCAACAGAGCAAUGCUUUUUUGGUCCAAGCCAUGACUGUGUAGCUACAGAAGGGAAAGACCUACACCUUCUGUGGGAUGAUUUUCCUUUCCUGCGAGCACUUGCAAUAAAUGAUAGUGAAAAUGACUGAAAGUAAUUUCCUGCUUACAUUAGUGGAUGAUUUGAGAGACUUGAUGUAGAUCUAGGUUUGUGUUUUGAACUGUAAUAAGAUGAUUCAGUACAGCACACAGCCUUAAAUUCAUGCUGAAUUUAAUUAUACAAUAAUUUUGAUUUUCAGUGAUUAUGAUAUCUGUGCUCUGUUUUCAAACUUUUAGAUAUGUCAUUUAUAAACCAUUUUACCAGGGAUAAUCUAUAUUGUUGAGGGUUGUAUGUUUAAAGUACUUUGCAUGUGUUUACUAAGGGAAGCAGAAUUUUUGGCUGUAAUAAAUGAAUAAAUAAAUAAAUGUGGGAUCUAUAUUAAUAAAAAGGUA